AUGAGUGGAGUAGGUUGUCACCACGCAGGGCUACUGUACGAAGAGAGGCAUGUGAUAGAACGUGCUUUCAGGAACAGGGACUUGCCUAUUCUGAUCACUACUACUACUUUAGCUAUGGGUGUUAACUUACCAGCUCAUCUAGUGAUCGUCAAGAAUACUCAACAAUAUGUAAAUGGAACUUUUCAGAAGCGAGCCAUUCGAACCUGUAACCUGAGUACAGUAUCAGCACAGUACUUCAGAUGGUGGGACGCGCUGGGCGACCACAGUUCGACACUGACGCGACCGCGGUCAUCAUGA